AUGAUGAAGAAUUCAGUGUUGAUGGCCGCGCUUUCAGCGUCGUCUGCCAUUGCCCUUUCUACUACUUCUUAUACACCAGACUACAAACUCAAUGCCUACUGGGGACAAUCCGGACCUUGGACUGAUUUCCUCGGCGAUCACUGUGAGUCCGAUAGCGUUGACUUUGUCACUCUCGCCUUCGUAAACAACUCGCCCGAAAAUGGAAACGGUACCAAUUACCCGGGCACCAACUUCGCUGCCCAUUGCGCGGCAGAAGUCUACGUGAACAACAACCGUGACUCCAAACUUCUCAGCUCAUGUUCUUAUAUCAAGGAUGAUAUUAAAACGUGCCAGAGCCUUGGAAAGAAGGUGUUAUUGUCGGUUGGAGGAGUGUUUUCCGAGACAAGUAACUACACGAUCUCCACUGUCCAGGACGGUAUUGACUUCGCGGACUUCCUUUACGAGGCAUUUGGCCCCUUCAAGGAUGGAUACACUGGCCCGCGACCUUUUGAUGAGAGCUCUACGGACCACACUACCCUUGAUGGUUUUGAUUUCGAUAUUGAGUACAAGUUUGAUGACCAAGAGCCAUACGUUAACAUGGUGAAUCAUCUUCGCGAACUGAUUACCAACGAUGGUGAAAAUAUGAUCCUCACGGCUGCCCCUCAGUGCCCGCAGGAUGACCAGUAUUUCCAAAUGAAGACCAUCCUUCAGGAGGCUAAGUUUGACAAUAUUUGGAUCCAGUUCUACAACAACCCGUCCUGCGAGGCAACUACCACGGGUUUCAACUACGAUGCUUGGGAGACGUUCAUCAACGGUGGAGUCAACAAUGAUGCCGAACUCUUCAUCGGUCUACCAGGAAGCCUUGAAGCUGUUGGUGCGCUAGGCACUGGCUACAUCACGCCUGAUGCGGCAAAGGACCUUAUCUGCGCGUAUAAAACCAAGCAGCAUUUCGGUGGUGCUAUGUUGUGGGAUGCCUACUACGCUUCCGAGAACAAGGACUCGGAAAAUGUAUCAUACCUUCAGACAGUUGCAGAAGCCCUUAAAUGCGGUGGUUGCGAUGCUGAUGUCUGCGCCCCCGCCACCACGUCCAUCUCGACUGUAUCCUCGUCGGCAACGACCUCGUCCUCCAGUUUGUCUACUUCAUCGACCGUUAGCACCACUUCUAGCUACGCUUCAAGCACUAGCAGUGUAGGCUAUCCCGAUGAUACUGUAAGCACGUCCUCUAGCAUUGCCUCUAGCGCCACAUCUUCCUCCAGCUCUGCCUCGAUUACUAGCAGCAGCAUCGUCUCUUCUUCGUCCACCUUGACUAGCGCAUCUACUUCAAGCUAUGUUGCUACCACAAGCAGUGACUCGACUGUUAGCACUACGUCUAGCACCGAUUCCUCCAGCAACACCAUUUCAAGCUCUACAGUCACCUCAAGCAGUGCUAGCAGCAGCACUCUGACUUCCAGCUCUACUGCCACUACGAGCAGUAUCUCAAGCAGUGCUACUGUCUCGAGUAGCAUCUCCAUUUCCAGCUACGAAACCACCACAAGCAGUGAAUCGGCUUCUAGCUCCUCUUCAAGUACUGAAAGUGCCUCUUCGUCCGCUAGCAGCACCGUCUCAAGCUCUGCUGGCACGACAAGCAGCUCUUCCACUGCUAGUACUGAGUCUACUUUGAGUUCUACCUCGAGCACUGCCAGCAGCAUUUCAACUUCAAGCGUUGCGGCUACGACGAGCAGUGCCUCAACCUCAAGCUCCGUUGAUUCUUCGAGUAGCCUGUCCUCGACUACAUCCUCUUAUGUCGCUACUUCCAGCAGCGCUUCCACUAGCGUUUCUAGCGCUGUUUCCAGCUCAAGUGUUGCCGCUACCACGAGCGAUGCUUCUUCAAACUCUACUAGCUCGUCAAGCAGCUUAUUUUCGGCCUCGUCUUCCGUUGCUACCUCUAGUAGUUCCUCCGAUAGCAGCACAUCUAGUUCUUCUAUUGCAGCGUCAACUUCUAGUGUCUUAGCGAGUGCCACUGAAUCUUCGUCAAGCUCACUCAUCACAAGCAGCAGCACUGUUUCAUCUAUUACCACUACCUCCAGUGCCUCGUAUAGCACCUCGACUACCUCUUCGGACGAUGACGAUGACUGCACUGCUGACGAGACUUCGAGCUCCUUCACUGAGUCAGCCACUCUCAGUGUCUCAGCAACUACCACCGGAUCUCAGAGCGUUUCCCAAACCAGCUCAUCUAGCAGCUUCGCAACGGCGACGGCCUCUUCCAGUGUCUCAUCUUACACUAACAGCAGCUCUUCUACCGUUACAACCACAUCUAGCGGAUACCCGACAGCGACGGCUACCUUCAGUGCUUCCUCGGCAAGCAUUACCUCGUCCUCGUACCCCUUCAGCAAUUCCUCCGCUGUACAGUACACGACUAGCACCGUUAAGACUACGACCGUCUACACCGUGACAUCGUGCGCUGCCACGGUAACCAACUGUCCGGCUCGAGGAUCCGUCGUCACCGAAACAAUUGACUUAUACACAACCGUGUGCCCCGUUACCGAAACUGAGAAGCCGACCACCGUUCUCACCUCAGUUCCCACCACAGUUCCUACCAACGUCCCCUUGUCUACAAGCACGAUCUACAACACUAUUGUUGCUACCAUCACCAAGUGUCCGGCCUAUGUAGAGAAUUGUCCUGCCAGAGUCACCACCCAGACCGUCUCUGUCUCCACUGUUCUGGUCCCUGUCACUACCAAGACCUCCGAGGCCACGCCCAUUACUACUGCUACUGCUACUGCUGCGGCCACCUACCCCGUGGGCAACAGCAAGCCCGAGACCGAGAUUUCGUCAUCAAAGCCCUUCCAGGCAGCCGGCGCCACCACUUACCCGGUCGCCGGCUCGGAAAGCACUGCUAGCUCCAGCACAGCAAUUAUCCCUGGCUCUUCUAGCAGCAGCAGCAGCUCGUACGCUGCCAGCACGCUGACCUUCGCCGUGUACCCCGCGGGCAAGACCGGCAGCAACAGCACUCUCCCCGCGUACAGCGCUAGCGCCGCUACCGGAUACUCGGUUGCGCCGACGACGGCGACGAGCUCGAGCGUUGGAUACACUGCCGCGACUGUAUAUCCCACCGCGUCAGCUGUGGUUACGGCCGGUUCGGCUAAGACUGCAACGUUGAGUCUGGGUCUGUUGGCUGUUGUUGCCUUGAUGCUGUAG